AUGAGUUCCUACAUUCAAUCCUAGUUUACAAUUUCGGACAAAUAAAUGUUUGAUUUUACAAAGCCUUAACCAAAUUCAGACUCGGAUGAGGAGAAAUUAAAUAAAUCAUUGCUAUUAAUGAAUAAUAAAGAUUAUAAAAAAUAAAAGAAGCUUAUCGAUAUUGAAUCGAUAAAAUCUGAAUUAAAUAAUUUGCCACCGUUCACUUUUGAUCCUUAGCAAAAAAAAUAUAGUAAAAAAUUUCAGAAAGCAAGUUUAAGAACUUUAUCGAAUACAUUCGUUCCAACUUCACCUGUUUUAAUAGAGUAGCUUGGAUAAGUAAAAGCAAUAAAACACAUGAAAGAAUAAAUUCCUCCAGAAAUAAUGCAUAAAGUGUACACUUAAUUAAGAUAUUAAUACUUUCAAGCCUUUAAUAUGGUAUAUAGAUAGGGAGACCAAAAUAAAUACUAUUAUAUUAUUCUAGAUGGAAGAUGCGUAGUGUUGAAACCAAAAGAAAAAAUGGUUGGAAUGAAUAAUAUCGAAGUUGAAUUAGAAUAGGAAAAUAAAACAACCAUAGAUCCUUAUGGUCUAAAGAGUUUAUUUCCAGAGUAUAUGAUGAUGAAAAUGCUAUUUUCUGGAGAUUCUUUUGGUGAAGUCGCUAUAAAAUUGGAAACUUCUAGAGCUUCAACAGUGUUUGCAGUUGAAAAUACUCAUCUGUUAUAUAUGACUGAAGCAGCAUAUGUCUAGUUAUUGGAUCCAUAUUUAAGUGAAGCAUUAGAAGAGAAAAUAUAAUAUUUUAAAAAAAAUACACUGUUCACUUCAGCUGAUUCAGACUUGAACGAGAUUAUGGGAAUUUUGUUAGAAUGCAGAAAAAUAACAUAUAAAGCUGGAGAAAUCAUAUAUGAAGAAGGGAGCAAAUCGAAUUCGUUAUUUUUUAUCAUCAAUGGAGAAGUUUAACUUUCCAAAAGAAUUGGAGAGAGAAAUCUAGUUCUAUCUUCUUAUGGAGAGAACUAAUAAUUUGGAGAAGUGGAAAUUUUGAAUAAAGUCACUAGGUUUACUACGGCUAGGGCAAUAUCGCCUAGAUUAAUUGUUUAUAAAAUAAGAAAAAACAAGUUUUUUAAUAAUCUAGGCAACUUUAUUGUUUAUGAUAAUAUGAAGAAAUAAUCCAAACUAAUUCUUUAACAUUGGAAUUUAAUUUAUAAAUCUGCAAUGGCAUAAAUUAGUGAUUAAAAUAAUGUUUAUUUGCAUAUCGAGAAAAGAAAAACUUAAGAAAAAAGGAAAAAGUAUCACUCAAAUAACCAUAGCAUGAGCUAAGUUUAAGUAUUUCAAAAUAUCACAGAAUCAGGUAUAAUAAAUGAUGAUUCUUGCGAACUUCAAACAGAAGAAAAGGGAUAGAGAGUUUUUAGUAAUGCACUUCAAUAAUAUUAGUAAAAAUUAAAGAAAUUUGGAAAUCAAAAUUAUGAAACCUAAACAAAAUAAGUUAGAGAACUUACUCACAUUGAUGAGAGAGCAGUUCCUAAAGUGAGGUAGAGGAAGUUAGAAAAAUUCUCUUUUCAUGCUAAAUUGCCUAGCAUAAGUCCUAAUAAAAUACUUCCCUAAAUGAAUUUAGAUUAGGUUCUAGAUUCAAUAACAAGAUUGCCAAAAGUACCUUAGGAUAAUUUAAUACUUUCUUUAAUGUAUCAAGAAGCAUAUAAAUCGAAUAACCCUGAUAAAAAGGCUAGAUAAGUUUAAUAACUUAUCUAAGCAUCCUUUAAGAAAGUCAGAAAAUAUUAAACCUCAAAAGAACCGAUAUAACCAAUAUUAAAUUAAGCUAGAUUUAAAUCUACAGAUUCCUUAUUAAAGAAUCUCAAAAUUAAUGAGAGUUUAGAGGAAAAGAAAGAGAAAAUCGAUUAUCUAAAUUUCGUUCAACCAAAAAAAAUAUUUUGA